UGCCAAUCUCCGUCUCGUGUCUCGUUGUCGGUUUCCCGUCCUUCGCAUUACUCGUCAAAGUUUUCAAGAUCAGUGCAUCAAAUAACUCUAGCAACGUAGGAAAGGUGCAAAAUGCUUUCUUGGCAAAAUUUGUCCGUUUACGCGAUGGAUCGAAACCGACACACCGUAAGCAAGCAGCUCAUCAAUAACGUCCGAGGUGUCGUACGACCCGGCGAGCUAACCGCGAUUUUAGGUGGCAGCGGUGCUGGAAAGAGCUCGUUGAUGACGGCGCUGGCAUUUCGCACAGAAUCCGACAUUGUCGUGCACGGCGAUAUUCGCGUCGACGGUGCAUUGGCUACCUCGUCAUACAUGAGACAUCACAGUGGCUUUAUGCAUCAGGAAGACAUGUUUAUCGACACAAUGACGGUGCUCGAGCACAUUUGGUUUAUGGCUAGAAUGAAACUAGACGGAAGAAUCCACGUGUCUAGCAUUCGGCUAAAGAUCGAUCGUUUGCUGAGGGACGUGGGUCUAAAGGAGAGACGCGAUGUUCGCAUCGGCGGCGGUGAUGAUGGCAAAGUCCUCUCGGGUGGAGAAAGGAAGAGACUGGCUUUCGCUACUGAAUUGUUGACGGACCCUGAAGUACUGUUCCUGGAUGAACCGACGACGGGACAGGACGCGCAUUCGGCCGGCGUCCUCGUCUCGCACAUGGUGUCCUUCGCAUCGAGAAAUCGCACGAUCCUAUGCACCAUUCAUCAACCAAGUUCCGUUAUCUUUGAUAGCUUUCAUCGUAUAAUCCUUCUAGCCGGCGGUAGAGUGGCAUUCGCUGGUACCGCCACGCAAGCGAUACGAUUUUUCUCCAGCCAAGGCUACGAGUGUCCGUACAAUUAUAACCCGGCCGAUUUCCUGGUAGCAACUUUAGCGAUCGCUUCCGGCGACGCGGACGGUAGCGGAAGAAUCGCGCAGAAGAUUUGCGACGCGUAUCUCACGAGCGAAGCGUGCAACGAGAUCGACGUUACGCUGCAACAGAAAAUUGAUAACAUUCGAUUGCGACACGUUGUCAAGGGAAAUACUUGUGAAUUACGCUCCUUUAAAGAGCCGCACUGCUGGCUUCGACUUUAUUGGCUAAUUCAUCGCGGAUUUCUGCAAGUUCUGCGGGAUCCUUCGGUACAAUUUAUUAGGAUAUUGCAGAAGAUCAGCGUCGCGACGGUCGCCGGUCUGUGCUUUGUCGGUGCCAUUAACCUCGAUCAAUUGGGCAUCCAAGCUGUGGAGGGUGUCAUAUUUCUCCUGGUAAGCGAGAACACGUUCUUUCCCAUGUACGCGACCUUGGCGUUGAUUCCGCAGGAUUUGCCGCUUCUGUUUCGCGAGUACAAGGCGGGCAUGUAUCCCGUUCAUCUUUACUACGCGGCGCGAAUGAUGUCGCUGAUACCGGGCCUGCUGGUGGAGCCGAUGCUAUUCGCCGCGAUUAUCUACUGGAUCGCAGGAUUACGACCUACGAUGGACGCUUUCGGCUCGACUAUCCUGAUAGUUGUACUCACGAUGAACGUAUCCACCGCUUGCGGAUGCUUCUUCUCGGCCGUCUACAAAAGCAUGCCACUGGCAAUGGCAUAUCUGGUACCUUUCGAUUACAUUUUCAUGCUAACCAUGGGUCCUUUUAUUAAACUUAGCUCAUUGCCCGUAUAUAUACGAUGGGUAAGAUAUUUCUCCUGGUUGCUGCACUCGACGGAAACUCUCACUAUUGUCCAAUGGGAAGGCGUGCACAACAUAUCUUGCGAAACGGUCGAACUACCCUGUCUCACCGAAGGAACCGAGGUGCUGGAUCGCUACGAUUUCAACGAGCACAACUUUUGGCCCGACAUCAUCCUUAUGGCUGUCAUUUACAUCGUCUUCCAUCUGUUGGCUUACAUCUUUCUAUGGAAGCGGUGCAGAUCGAGAUAAAUGGAAUUUAUUAAUGACUCUUUGACAUAAAAAUACAAACAGUUACUCUUUUAUGAAUA